AUGCUGUUAGGAGGGGUUAUAUUCUUAAAAAAACCUUGCCAACCAAAAACUCAUGACUUCCCUACAAGACAAGUGUCUGGUUUGCGUCGCUUUAGUGUUCAUUGGUUCAACAAAUGGGAUUGGCUUGAAUAUAGUAUUGAAAAAGAUGCUGCAUUUUGUUUUGUAUGUUACUUGUUCAAGAAUGAAGUUGGUAUUAAACCGGGGGGUGAUGCAUUUGUUGAUGGAGGGUUUAGGGCAUGGAAUAAACCGGAAAGAUUUGAGAAGCAUGUUGGUGGAAUUAAAAGUGCUCAUAAUCUUGCUUAUGAGAAAUAUGUGAAUUUAAGAGAUGAAAAAAAGAAAUCAAUCUUGAAUGUGAUUGACAAUGCAAGUGAUGUGAUUAAAAGUGAAUAUUUUAUCCGCUUGAAAGCAUCUUUAUCUUGUUUAAGAUUUCUUUUGGGGCAAGGUUUGGCAUUUCGUGGACAUGAUGAAAGUGGGGAGUCAUAUAAUAGGGGUAAUUUCCUUGAGCUUUUGAAGUGGUUAGGAGAAAAGGUUGAGGAAGUAAGGAUACAUACUCUUGAAAAUGCACCUAAAAAUUGUCAAAUGACUUCCCCUCCUAUUCAAAAGGACAUUAUUAACUGUUGUGCCAAAGAAACAACUAGGUGCAUAAUAGAAGAAGUUGGUGAUGAUUACUUUGCUAUAUUGGCCGAUGAGUCAAGUGAUGUGUCCCAAAAAGAACAACUAGCUCUUGUUUUGCGUUUUGUUGAUAGAGAUAGUGGAAAGGUAAUGGAGCGAUUUUUAGGCAUUGUUCAUGUUGCUAAUACUACCGCUUUAACUCUUAAAGAUGCAAUCAUGUCUUUACUUGUUGAACAUUCAUUGAGCCCAUCUAUGAUAAGAGGGCAAGGGUAUGAUGGAGCUAGCAACAUGAAGGGUGAAAUAAAUGGCCUUAAGACUUUGAUUAUGAAUGAUACUCCAAGUGCCUACUAUAUACAUUGUUUUUCUCAUCAACUUCAACUAACAUUAGUUGUCGUUGCUAAAAAGAAUGAUAGUUGUGGUUGGCUUUUCGAGAUACUUGGAAAUUUGUUGAAUGUGGUUGGAGUUUCUUGCAAGAGAAGAGAAAUGAUUCGUCAAGAUCAAGCUCAAGAAGUUGCUCGAGCCUUGGAUGUUGGGGAUAUUGUGAGUGGAUCGGGUUUAAAUCAAGAACUUGGUUUGAGUAGGCCCGGGGAUACUCGUUGGAGUUCUCAUUACAAGUCACUUUUAAAUGUCAUCCUCUUAUUUCCUACAAUUAUUAAGGUGCUUGUACAAAUUGGGAAGCAUGGUGCAUCGGAAGAUAAGUUCAAAGCUCAAAUUGUUUUAGGACAAUUAGAGUCAUUUGACUUUAUUUUUGUUGCUCACUUGAUGUUGACUAUUUUUGGAUACACUAAUGAUUUGUGUGUUGCUUUGCAAAGAAAGGAGCAAGAUAUUGUAAAUGCCAUGGAACUUGUCACUUAUACAAAAACGGUGUUGCAAAAAAUGAGGGAGCGAGGAUGGGAUACUCUCUUAAACAAGGUAACUUCAUUUUGCACUAAACAUGGUGUUGUUAUUCCCACUAUGGAUUCUCUUUAUGUUCCUCAUGGAAGAUCAAGACGUUUUGUUGAAGAAGCAACAAAUGAACAUCAUUUUCGGGUUGGAAUUUUCUUAAGACUAAUUGAUUUGCAUCUUCAAGAACUUGAUGAACGAUUUAAUGAGAGGAAUAUGGAGUUACUAUUAUGUAUGGCUUGUUUAAGUCCUAAAGAUAACUUCUCAUCCUUUGAUAAAGAUAAGGUACUUAAACUUGCCUCUUUUUAUCCCGAAGAAUUUUCAAGCUUUGAUUUGAUGGCUCUUGAAUAUCAACUUGAUGUAUUCAUGGAGAAUAUGCUAAAUGAUGAAAGAUUUCAAGGUUUAAAUGACCUUAAUUCUCUUUCUAUGAUGCUUGUUAAAACCAAUAAGCAUAAGACUUUUCCUCUUAUUCAUUUGCUUAUCAAGUUGAUGUUGAUUCUUCCCGUUGCCACGGCAAGUGUUGAAAGAGUGUUUUCUGCAAUGACAUGUGUCAAAAACAAGUUGCGAAAUAGCAUGGGUGAUCAACUUAUGAAUGAUUGUUUGGUCACUUUUAUUGAGAAGGAUGUCUUCUUACAAGUUUCCGACGAAAAGAUUAUUGAUCGAUUUCAAAGUAUGAAGACUCGAAGAAUGAACUUGUAA